AUGUUACAUAACAAAUUCCAAGCUUUACUAUAGAUGAAUUUCAGUCAUUAGAAAAGAUUAAUUGAUUUCUUAAUAGUAUAAUGGUUUUGUUGGGGAAGAAAGAAAUUUGAACCUGAUUUCAUAAAAUAAAAAUAUUUGAUUGGUGAUAUCUUGAAAAUAAAAAAUCUUUCGGUAGCAGGUCGUUCCGUCCCACAGUCGGUCCGUCCCUAGUCGAUCCGUCCCAUGGUCGAUUCGGCCUAUUUUGCUUAGUCGAUCCCGCCCCUCCAAUUUUUUUUAUCAAAGAUAUAAUAAAUGAAUAAUUACCUAAGACAAAGGGACGUUUUUGCAUAUAUAUUGCAGUUAGUUAUCAAAAUUAGAUAACUGGCGAUGGUGUUAAGUAGAUUUAUAGCACAGACUGUCCAGUAGGGCCCCUGCUAUUAGAUAACUGCCGAAGUUAGACGUGUAAAUAAAAUUGUUUAUUCAGGAUUUAUAAUUUUUGUUUGAAGUGCGAUGGUUAUGAAAAUGUGUGCUCAUUAACUAUUGUAGAAACAUCGUUAUUUAAAUAUGUAUAGCAAUCAAUGUAAAUGUGUGUCCCCUGUCCACUGAUCAUUGUGAAAACACCUGAGUGAAAACAGUUUUAUAACUGCAUUGUUGUGCAACCUUUGAUAAUUAAUUACGAGCUUACAGUAACCUAACUAUUCUUUGUAUUGAAAAUGAAGCCCAUUUUAUCGAAUAUUGUGAUGUGUAUAAUGAUCUUUGAAAAAGCUGUCAAAUAUCAAAACAGCAUAUUAUUGUCAUCCUACCUGAUGACAGAAGAUAUCAGCGGCACACACACCAUGAAGAUAAAAUACGCAAAUGAAUUAAACCAAUUCAGUACUGUAAAUAGCUUUGGAAAAAAGUAAUUAUUUUUUUCUGGGCCGGAUCGACUAGGGGACGUAUUAACUAGGGGACGGAUCGGUAAUGGGACUAAUCGACUAAGGGACGGAUUGAUAAUGGGACGGAAUGUCUAGAAAGCUAAUCUUUCGUGUUCCUCGGGAUUUAUUCAUAGAAAUGCGUAAUCGAAGGCUAAGGUCAUUUAUUUAUCAAAUCGGAAUCAAGAGUCGGAGGCGCCCCCUAACGAGCGUGGUGGUUGCUGAGGGACUCGGAUAUUUAAUCACAGACGGAAGGUCGCUUAACAGCGAGGAUAUGUUGGAUUUAUAGGUGAGACAAAAUUAUAUAUACGCAUUAACAUUGUAGUGCUGUUAAUAUCGAUAUUUAUCAGUAUGUGACUAAUGAUACAGAUAGAUAAGUUCACUUUGAUCAUAGUUUUGUUUAAACUGUUAAAAUGUUUUUAUUAUGAUUCCCUUUUCAUUGACAGUAAACUUUUCGUGUGACCCCGACACAAGAAAUGCUGCCCCCCCCCCCCCCCCCCAAUUGUAGUGCCCAGGACGUCCUACUGUGCAACCUCUGUGAAAAUGUCCCCCAACAGUGUCAUUGUGAACUUUCUAAUAAUUAUAUACUGAAAUGAAAUGACGUCUCCUACAGAAGAACAUGGUGAGACAAUGACGUCACCAGAAACUGUAUCAUCUCCAAUCAAACCACUGCUUGAUGAACCGCGAGUCAUCGCCACCAUAGCCACUGGUAGUGACAGGCUAUUUAAUGUUAGCUGUCUCGGUGAAGAACAAGUUUGGACAUGUGGACUUGAUGAAGUCAUGAAGCUCUUUAACCUCCAGGGUAAACUACUGACAUCAAUACAACCCAAGUCAGGGAACAACGCUCGGGACAUAGCAGUGACACGGGACGGAGAUCUUAUUUAUAUUGAUUAUGAUAAUAAAACUGUAAACCUAGUGAAGAAUAACCAGAUACAGACUAUGAUCACACUACAGGGGUGGAGACCUAUCAAUGUCUGCUGUACAUGCUGUGAAGAUAUCCUGGUUAUCAUGGUCAGUGAUGAUAGAAAACAAUCCAAAGUUGUCCGUUACUCUGACUCCACAGAGAAACAAACCAUCCAGUUUGAUGAUCAGGGUCAACCUCUCUAUAAUACAUCUGGUGGUAACACUAAAUACAUCACUGAGAACAGGAACCUGGAUAUCUGUGUUUCUGACUUUGAAACUAGAGCAGUAGUGGUGGUCAAUCAGUCAGGAAAAUUCCGAUUUAGAUACAUUGGUCAUCCCUCUAAUACCAAGGAACCAUUUGUUCCAGGUGGCAUUGCUACAGACAGCCAGGGUCACAUCCUGACAGCAGACAUUUGCAAUCAGCUUAUCCACAUCCUAGAUCAGGACGGACAGUUCCUCCGUUACAUUGAAAAUUGUGAUUUAUGCUUCCGUUUGGUUUAUGUGUGGACAUCAGAGACAACCUCUUCGUGGCUGAUAAUAACGUGGCUGAUAUUAACCUAGCCAAAGUGAAGAAAAUCGAAUAUAUAUAAGCGGUGUUAAUUACACAUUUCAAGAUGAUGUUACAUUAGAGAUCUAAACUUAGUGUUAAUCAUGUGUUAAUUACAUAUUUAAGCACAGUGUUAAUUACAUAUCUAACCUGUGUUGAUUACACAUCUUAACACAGCUAGUGAUAUCUACAACUCCUUGUCAAUUACAGGAGCUUGUUCAUUACAGUCCUGUGUUUGUGAUGUGUAAUUAACAUGUACUUGUUUCUCAGUGUUUAAUUACAGAUUGAACAUUAGUCUCUCACGGCUGUUUAAUAAUUGCAUGUAUAACUUAUUACUUAGUAUAGUAAUUGCUAAUUUGAUUAUGUUACUAGUUAUUCAUCAAUAUGAACACAUGAAUAAUGAAAUCCAAAUAAAGGUAAAUCCGUUA